AUGGAGUCGCAUACAGAUUUCCAGAGUUUUGAUGGACACCGGCAUCUAUAUCCCCAAUACAUAGAAACGACCGCAAGCGGUGCCACAGUUUGCAGCACGCCAGUAGCAACUCAAUUGAGAAAGGCAGGCUCGACAAACAUCAUCACCCAAGUCCCUCUCCCAGAUCCGUUCCUGUACAACGACACAUAUCAAGCUCAUUACAAUACGCCUUUUAUUAGUCUUCUGAACUCCCAAAAACCCCCAUUCUUACUACCCAAACCACCAUCGAUAUCUCAUCCUCCAACUGCGAUUAUCGAAUCCAUCAUUCGAGACGACUUAUCACCAUUUUCCAGUCUUGCGCCAGAGACCCCUCGAAAGCCUCUCGUGCCCAAUAACCCUUCAAAAGGCUUCGAGAAACAAUCUGAGAGCGGGAACUACCCUCCUAUACAGAUAAAGGUUGAGCAAAGCACCUCCACAUCGCCGCUUUCCUCGAAUCAACUUCCCAAUUUUGGACAACUUGGAUAUGCAUUAGUACAAAAAGCUUCGGUCGCAACCCGCCGUGUAAGUUUUGCAGAAACAAUAAAGGAAGAAUCAAACAACACCUCGUCGCUAUUUACUAGCAAUACUUUGCCAUAUAAAAUUCAGGCAUCGGCACCAAAGUCCAAAAUAUCUCAAACAAUUGUAGCACCACCGAAACGUUCAGCAAAAAGGAACAGAAAAGCAUUCAUCAAGCAAAGCUCCAGUUCACCACGAGCAAAGUCCACUCGAAAAUUCGUAAGAAAGCAAUCCACUUCUCCUCCGCCAUCUCAGGUUUACUCCCGCUUGAGACCAAGCGCCAAAAGAGCGGUAAGACUUUUGAAGCUAGAAGACAGCUUGCGCAAAGUCGAGAAUGAAAAGAAACAUUUGAUCCUCAAACUUUACGUUCGACCUGCCCUGCUAGCCAAUCUCAAAUCUGCUGGAUACAUAUUUCCCUCUCUCUACAACUCUGUUCCGAAGCUUUUCAAAGAAAACUACCCAUUACCUAACCGGUUCUAUAGUAAAAAGGUUCGGCGUAUCAGAAGCAGUUUGGUUGUCGUCUUCGCCGUCAAGCAAAGUGCCCUACUCAACCUCGAGCUUACUGGGAGCCUUUAUCCACUUCAGUUGCACCUGAAUGUAACACCAGAAUACACAUAUCCGUUAGCAUACACUACCUCUGAUCUCAUAGAUCACAUUUAUCCGGGAUAUUUCGAGAAAAAAAUGGCUCCAGGUUACAGGACCCAAAACCGGAGGCAGAACAGAGGUGGUUAUGUUGAUCACGAUGUUCUCGAAGGCUUACCGGUCCGGCAAUGGCGUCGGGAUUAUGUCACUGUCGCACCUCCUGCAGAACAAGAAAGUUCAAAAGUUCAAAACGACAUAUGGGCUGUAGAACUGCCUCAUGGUAUGCCGAAAGACUCACAUCUUCUUCCACAGCAUAGCCAGGAUCUUCUGCGUGCAGCUCGGUCUGGGCGCAUUUACAAAAGACCAGCUCCUGUUGAAGAGGAAGAUGCUGACCCGGAAGUCAUUGAGAAACCGGAGAAAAAGGAGGAUGAUACCAAAGAGACUGGCUUCAGUGCGCGGGCCUGGAAGCAGAUACCACGUCAACAGGAAGGUCCAGAUCUGGAAUAUCUCGCGAAAAGAAGAAAGGGGUUAAUCACAUAUACUAAACCCUUACCACCCGUUCCCACUGUGGUGAAGACUACAGUUAGAAGAACUGAUGCUGCUGGUAACCAAUAUACUCAGGAUGUUGUUGUGCCACAUGGUCAACAAGUUGAUGGAGAGGUAGUCGCUCAAACUGUCAUUCCAGAUCCAAGUCUCGCGCCACCACCUGAAACAUUUGGCGUGCAGCCAACACCGCCCAAAAGAAAUAGACCCAUUCAAAAGAAACGACCGAAAGGACCUGGCCGAGGAAGAAAGAAGAAACCUGUUGUGCCUUCAAGCGCUCCGCAAGCUGUCCCCAUUGAUGGUCAGGCACCCGUUGAAGGGGCUGCUUCGGCGAAUGUAGGGCCUGAUGGGAUCAAAACUGAGCCAGAGGAUCCAUCAAAUCAGGGAAAUACAAUCAAUGAGGAUACCGAGAUGGGAGAGGGUUCAAAUGCAUCUUCUGAUGGCGAGGAGGAUGGAGAGGAAGGUGAUGAUGAUGAUGGCUCGAUCACAGAUCAAACCUCUCCAUCGAAAGCACCUAAAACCAUCUCGCCAACACCCACUCCUCUUCCAACUAUGGAUGCAAUGCAAGAUAUCAUAUCGAAUUCUAGCUUGGCUCCCCCGGUCAACCCGUUGAUCGCAAAGCUGGAGAAUGAAAAGACUUUUGAUACUAAGAGUGGUAGUCCGUUGAAGAACGUGGCACUUGCAACAUCGGCGCUAGCAUCUCCGAUAGUCUCACCUGUAGUAUCUGCUCCUCCACAAUUUCCAGAGAACUCUACUCCCAUCCUUCCACCACCUACGACUACUCUGGCCGAAAGCGAGGCUAUCGUUGAAAGUUUACAGGCGGAACGAGCGGACAUUGAUCACGCUAUGCAGAUGGAAGUGGUUCAAAGUGCUCCUACAGCACUUCCAUCUCCACCGCCAGCACCUGCUCAAGCUGAAUUACUAGCAUCUGAGGUAGUUAGGAAAGAGGAAGAGGAGGAAGAAGAGAUGCUGCUUGAUAUCGUCGAAAACAAUAACACCUUCGCCGAAAAAGAAGCCCAGGAAGAGCCACCUACUCAUGUUACUGAGACUGUGAAGCCUGUGUCUCCAAAUUUGGCUACGAGUGUCGAGACCGUUGAAGAGCCCGAACUCUCUGUUGCCGACACAAAGGAAGAGGUGGAGGUCGCACCGUCCAGGCCAGACCCUACGCCUGUGGAGGAAAUAAAAAGAGAAUCUCCUCCAGUGCUCGAAAAUGACCCACCCAUGGCACCUGAGCCCGAUACAACAGUUGAGGCUGGAGACGAUGAUGAUGACUUUCCAGAUUUACUUGGCGGUCUCGAAAAGUCACUUGGACAAUCGGCACCUCCUGUGUCACCACCAAGCGUUGCCGAGGAGACACCAAAGACGGAACUACCGGUAGACGAUGCCGUUUUGCAAGAGGAGGAAAAGAAAGCUGAUGAGGCUUGA